UCAAAUUGUUAUUAGAAAAAUUGAUGAACAAAAAAAAAUUCUUUACAGUUUUAUUGAUGGAUACAUUCAACAAUUCUUCGAACCUUUUUGGUAUGUCAACACCGCCAGCAUCAACAUCCACUCCCAUUCCCAAUGAUCAUUCGUGUUUGUUCCGAGUUAAGGAUCAAACAUCGAAAGAAAUUAUCAUCUCGAAUAAGAAUGAAAUUCACAACGCACCAUUCGUUUAUUCAGAAUCAUUUGAUAACAACUAUGGCUUGAAACAAGGGCCAGAUCAUGAGCUUGAAUGGAAUAUUCAGUCCAUGUACGCUGUAUCAAAUCAUAAAUUAUCAAAUAAUUCAUCAAUUAAAAGACAGAGAUUUCGUAGAUCUCCUGGAUCUUCGAAACCAUCAAAAUCUGCGUACAAACACAUUCCACAUCGUGAAAAACCCGUGCAUUUAGUGGCAAAACGAAAUGCCCGCGAACGGCGACGUGUACAAGCAGUGAAUAUGGCUUUCAUGCGUCUACGUCGUUGUGUUCCAGUGGAAAAUCGAACAAAACGUUUAUCAAAAGUUAAAACUUUACAUAGAGCCAUUGAAUACAUUGCUGCAUUGGACAGAAUAUUGAAACAAGAUCAAACUUCGAGCACAAUAACGGCUAACGAAAACACUUCGAUUAUCAAUGAAAAUGAUCCAUGUACGUUUCGUUCUACAUUACGGGUCCACCAUUCUCAUCAUCAACUGAACAACCAAAUUGAACCAAUGAUGAUGAUCACUAAUGAAAAUCAUAGCUUUAUGCUCAAUCCAUCCAACACUAUUCAUGUAGAAGAACGACAAGUAAUCAACGACAGUGAUCAACAAUAUUUUCAUUCAAUUCCAUCCACUUCCUCUUCAUCUAUAUCAUCCGAUGGAUUAAAUUUUUCCAUUGGUUAUCAUCGGCAACAUUCACAAUUAAAGGAAUUGGAAUCACAUGAAAAUGAUGACCAUCAAUUGACGAUGGCAACUAUCCGAUAUAACAAUGACGUUUCGUCGUCUCAUUCUUCAUCGAUGAUGGUGAUUGAUAAUAUAGAUAAUGAUAAUGAGCACGAAAAAUCAAAUCGACUAUUACUUCCACCAGUGAAAGUUAUCAACGUAUUAAAUUAUUAA